CUGACAAGACUGGAGGAGCGGAGCAGCACCCAACUCUCGGCACCAACUCCCUCUCCGCACACAAUCUGAGGCCAAGGUGUCACGGCAUUAAGACCCUGCCAGCUACUACCAGACGUUAUCUCUAGGCGUCGAUAUACAGCUUCCUCUAAGCGACGCCGAGAAUUAUUUCCAAGACUGCGGUAACACACCCCUUUACCAGAAGAGGCAGCUCAUAUUGCACUCACUUGCCGCCUGGGAAUUUAAGUUGGACCGGAUACCGUUACCAUGGAGAAGAAUAGCUGCAGCGUUUCUCCAUCCUCAUUCACGCGCCGCCCAUCAUGUCUUCCGGCGCGAACAUGGACUUCGUCGAGGCCGCUCAAGGCGGGGCCGCUAAAGAACUAAAUGAAGAAAAGAUCCUGUCGAAGACAGAUUCCGAUAUUGACCACAAGUCUGAUGAUCUGAUUGGCCCUAAUGGCGAGCAAUACCCCACAGCGGAGGAGAUGGCCACGCUACGCCGCGUUUAUGGCAAAAUCAACUGGAUGAUCUACAUCAUCGGUAUUGUGGAGAUGUGUGAACGCUUCGCCUAUUACGGCACCACUGCUGUUUUUGUGAACUUCAUCCAGCAAGAUCUACCUACGGAAGGCCCGUUCCCCGAGGCGGGAGCGGCAGGCACGGAUGGUCAAGCCGGAGCCUUGGGCAUGGGUCAACGCGCUUCCACGGGCCUGGUUCAAUUCAACCAGUUUUGGUCCUAUGUAAUGCCUAUGGUUGGUGGAUGGCUCGCCGACGAAUACUGGGGUCGCUUCAAGACGAUCAAUGUCGCAAUCGUGAUCGCAACUGUCGGCCAUAUCCUCAUCAUCAUUGCCGCCAUUCCAGCAGUCAUCCAAAACCCGCAUGGCGCUCUCGCUUCGUUUAUCCUUGGCCUGAUUCUGUUCGGCACUGGUGUUGGCUUCUUCAAAUGCAACAUUUCGCCUUUGAUCGCCGAACAGUAUGAAGCCGAACACCCAAGGCCACUCAUCCGGACCGAACCAAGCGGUGAGCGCGUUAUUGUCGAUCCGGGCCUAACCAUCUCACGCGUCUAUCUCCGCUACUACCAGUUGAUCAAUGUCGGGGCACUGAUCGGCCAGAUUAGUAUGGUGUAUGCGGAGAAGUAUGUUGGGUUCUGGCUCUCAUUCACUCUGCCGACAAUUUUAUUCGUCCUCUGCCCUAUCCUCAUGCUCGUCUGCCGUAAACACUAUGUGCGAAGGCCGCCAAGCGGAGACGUCUUGGUCAAGGCUUCAAGACUCUAUGGCCUGGCAAUGAAGGGGCGAUGGUCUCUCAACCCAGUGAAAACGUGGAACAAUCUCAAGGCCGCGGAUAAGUGGGACGUGGUCAAGCCCAGCAAUAUGUCCACCAAACCGUCCUGGAUGACCUUCGACGAUGCAUGGGUUGACGAAGUCCGUCGUGGCUUCAAGGCUUGCUACGUCUUCCUCUGGUAUCCAAUCUUCUGGCUUCCAUAUGGACAAAUGACGAGCAACCUGGUCAGUCAAGCAGCGACCAUGAAGCUAAAUGGCGUUCCGAAUGACGUGGUCCACAACCUCAACCCCUUCACCCUGAUCAUCUUUAUUCCGGUCUUCGACAAGUUCAUCUAUCCUGCAAUUGCUCGCAUGGGCUUCCACUUUACUCCGCUGAAGAAGGUCAACGCCGGUUUCGUCUGCGCGUGUCUUUCUAUGAUCGUCGCGGCCGCCAUCCAGCACUUCAUCUACGAAAAGUCGCCCUGCGGGACGUCAGCCAGCUCCUGCGAAACGCCGCCCGAGCUCUCGGUUUGGGUGCAGACACCCGCCUAUGUUCUCAUCGCUUUCUCCGAGAUCUUCGCCUCCAUCACCGGCCUUGAGUACGCGUACACGAAGGCGCCGAAGAAUAUGAGAUCUCUCGUUACGGGAGUGUUUUGGUUUACCCACGCGUUCUCGUCGGCUGUUGCACAAGCCUUCGUACCUCUAGCCGACGAUCCGUUGCUGGUGUGGCUGUAUACGACGAUUGCUAUCAUCACUUUUGUUGGAGGUAUGGGCUUCUGGUGGAAUUUCAGGUCGCUGGAUGAGCAAGACGAUAAGCUGAACGCGCUUCCGGAGGGAGAAUAUACGUUCGGAAAGGACGCAGCGAAGAGGGGGCCGGUUGAGAGCAGUGAGGUUUGACGAAGCGCUUGGUGCUGCACUAUUCGGGAAAGUUAUGGGAAGUGAUCAUUUAACUCUCGUUUGUGUUCAGUUGGCGGAGACUGUCACUACCUAGGCAAACCUCUCGAAGACGUUAGUCCUGUCUUUCGCGAUGGUGCCACGCAUUUUGUGAAUUGUUUG